CACGUGACCCUGAAUUGGCGGCGCGCGCCGUGACGUCCCCCAUGACUCCGAGCGGCGUGGACGGGCUCGGGCACUCGGCGGACGCAGCUUCCGUCGCCUGGCAGCUCGUCGUCGCGCCCGCAGCUACAGCGACCUACCGCCGCCGCCGCUGUGGGCCCCCAGCCCGACCGCGCCUACCUAAACCCUACCCCACCUCCCGCCGCCGCCGUCCAACCAUCUCGCAGCUUCGAAUCCGCACGCAGCCUGUGGCCCGCUCCAGCAGAGAUCGGCAGCUGUGAACUGUGGAGUGCGCCACCUAGAUGGGGUCCGGGUGGAGGGGCAUCAUGGGGUUCGACUACGGCAUCGUGCAGGCGCCGCUCGGCCCCGACAUCUCCGGACCUGAGCUCGCCGCCGCCGUCGCCAACGCCGGCGCCAUCGGCCUCAUCCGCCUCCCUGACUGGCCGGCGCCGGAUCACGUGAGGGAGUUAAUCCGGAAGACGAGGAGCCUGACGGCGAGGCCGUUCGGGGCGGCCAUUGUGCUGACGUUCCCGCACGAGGAGAACCUGAGGGUCGUGCUGGAGGAGAAGCUUGCCGUGCUGCAGGUGUACUGGGGGGAGUUCCCGAGGGAGCGGGUCGAAGAGGCGCACCGCGCCGGCGUCAAGGUCUUGCAUCAGGUCGGCAGCCUUGAGGAGGCAGCGAAAGCUAAGGAAGCUGGUGUAGAUGGAAUCAUCAUUCAAGGCCGUGAAGCAGGGGGUCAUGUAAUUGGUCAGGAAGGACUGCUACCCCUGUUGCCAAGAGUAGUAGAUCUUGUUUCGGACUCUAACAUUCCAAUUAUCGCUGCUGGGGGUAUUGUAGACGGUCGUGGCUAUGUUGCCGCAUUGGCACUUGGUGCUCAAGGUGUUUGUUUAGGAACAAGGUUCCUGGCUACCGAGGAAAGCUUUGCACAUCCUAUUUAUAAGCAAAAGCUGAUCGAGAUGAAUCGCACAGACUAUACAAAUGUGUUCGGACGUGCUAGAUGGCCUGAUGCUCCGCAACGUGUCCUGGAAACACCCUUCUAUGCUGGGUGGAAGAAUCUCCCAGAUCAGGAAACAGAGGAAAAUCAUCCCAUCAUAGGUCACUCUAUCAUCCAUGGUGUGCAUAAGGAUAUUCGUCGGUUUGCGGGUACUGUUCCAAACGCGACAGCAACAGGUGAUAUCGAUAGCAUGGCCAUGUAUGCGGGUCAGGGUGUUGGGCUAAUCACGGAGAUCAUACCAGCUAGUGAAGUUGUCAAAAGGUUAGUCUUUGAGGCAAAGGACGUCAUGAGGAAAAUCCUUGCUGAUUACCAGUAAAAUCCUUCCUGAACUGCAAGUUAUAUCUAUGACGCAUGAAGUAUUUGUAAGUAAGCACCAAUCAGAUUAUCAGAACAAAUAAGAUCAUCAAGGUAUAUAUAUUUUUAACCACAUUGUUGUCUGUAGUACUUGUGAAAAAUUAUAGUGGCAGUGUUUGCUUCUGUGUGCUAUUUGUAAGUAAUAACCGCUGGAAAUAAAUGAGACUACCAAUGUAUCCUGUCUACCAA